AUGUCUGGGUACUCGUUUCUGAACGACCAGCUCUCAAAGCGGACCUCCAUUUUCGGUUUGCACUUGUGGGUUGUUUUGGGAAUUUGUGUAGGAGCAGCCAUUGUUCUGGUUCUCUUCCUCAUAUCACUCUGGUUCACUUCACGGCGCAACAGUAGUUCCUCGAAAGCCAAGACCUUUAAUCAGAAUUCAACCAUCCCGAACGUCUCUAAGGAGAUCCAAGAAAUCCGAAUCGACCAUGCUCGGAACCCAGUACCCGACCCGAAUCCCAUCCAGCACCAGAACCACCCCGACCCGGUUGCUGACUCGGAGCCCUUGGCCAGAGCCCAAGCGCUGCUUCUUCAGCCGGAGGACCAUGAGAGCCCCGCUGGGGGUGGUGGCCGACAAAGAAUUCACAUUGAGAUUGGGAAGGACCAUCGGAUUUCGUACCCGGAGAAGGGAGGCGGGUCCUCGCAUGGAAGUGGUGAGGCUCGUUCUGGGGACCAGGGGCUGAUGGCUGUGCCUGAAGUUUCGCAUUUGGGUUGGGGCCAUUGGUACACUCUCAGAGAGCUCGAGGAUGCUACUAAUGGGUUUGCUGAUGAGAAUGUGAUUGGUGAAGGUGGCUAUGGAAUUGUGUACCGUGGUAUCUUUGAGGAUAAUCAUAUGGUUGCUGUCAAGAAUUUGCUCAAUAACAAGGGACAAGCUGAGAAGGAGUUUAAGGUCGAAGUUGAAGCAAUUGGCCGUGUUCGCCAUAAGAAUUUAGUAAGGUUGCUUGGUUAUUGUGCUGAAGGAGCUCAUAGGAUGCUUGUAUAUGAGUAUGUUGACAAUGGAAAUUUGGAACAAUGGCUUCAUGGAGAUGUUGGGCCAACCAGCCCUCUUACGUGGGAAAUUCGUAUGAAUAUAAUACUUGGGACAGCGAAAGGGUUGACAUACUUGCAUGAGGGGCUUGAGCCCAAGGUCGUUCACCGUGAUAUAAAGUCUAGCAACAUCUUACUUGAUAAGCAGUGGAAUUCAAAAGUAUCUGACUUUGGCUUAGCAAAGCUCCUGGGCUCAGAAAGGAGUUACGUGACAACUCGUGUGAUGGGAACAUUCGGAUAUGUAGCUCCAGAAUAUGCUAGUACUGGUAUGUUGAAUGAAAGAAGUGAUGUUUAUAGUUUCGGAAUUCUCAUAAUGGAGAUAAUUUCUGGGAGAAACCCAGUGGACUAUAGCCGCCCUCAAGGAGAGGUGAACCUAGUUGAGUGGCUUAAAGCAAUGGUUACAAAUCGAACUGCUGAGGGAGUUUUGGAUCCUAGGUUACCAGAGAAACCUUCUUCAAGGGCACUGAAGCGUGCUCUUUUGGUUGCCUUGCGUUGCGUGGACCCGAAUGCUCAAAAGAGGCCAAAAAUGGGGCAUGUGGUACAUAUGCUUGAAGCCGAUGAGUUCCCUUUCCGAGAUGACCGCAGGGCUGGAAGAGAAUAUGGACGGUCACCGCAUGAUGCUUCAAGGAUGGACAAGCGCGUGAUUGAAUCAGGUGAUAGUAGUGGAUAUGAGAGUGGUGCCCAAACUAACCAGUCAUUAUGGAGAAAGCGAGAAUUGGAAGAAGAGCAUUAG